UUAGCCAGAGAGAUGCCUGUGGCCAGAUUCCUGGUCCUUUGCCUGCUGGGGAGAAGGGCCCUGGUCCCAGGAAGGCUGCCCCACCCCCAAGGAUCUAGUGCGCUGUGUCCCUCUUUGCCCUGGCUGCUAGGGAGCUCUGCCGUGUGUGACCUGCAGAGCUGUGCACGUGUCCUCCUCUGUCUUGGUUUCAUCCGUGCUGUUCUCCUGAUGAGCUCUCCUGAGGCCACGUCAGGCACCUGGUGGCCUGAGUGCCCCCCAGAGGCUCGCUCUGCCUCUGUGGCCCCUUCUCUGCCUGCCUGUCCUGGAUGGGGCUUGAGGGCCCCUCCCUGAGGCUCACGUGCUAGCUGGCCAGCCCGCACAUGGAGUCUUUGGGCCCUGUGGUGACAGGGCAGGGGCUGUGUCCGUGGACAAAGCAGGAGGAGCAGGGCAGCGAGCCGUGUGUGCGAGCAGCAUGGGCUCGUGUGGUGAGGGAGUGGUGAGGUUCGUGAGGCCAGGUCAGGUGGUGGAAGCUGUGUGGGCCACCGUGAGGACGCUGGCUUUUCCCUGGACGUUGGAGGGUUCGGGCUGCUGCACACAGGACGCCCUGGAAGCCUGGGAUGGAGGCUGGUGUGGAUGUGGCUGUGAAUCCCAGGAGCUGCUGAUCGAGCGGGUGUCGCACGCGGGCAUGAUCAACCCCGAGGACCGCUGGAAGAGCCUGCACUUGCGCGGCCACGUGGCCCACCUGGAGCUGCGCAUCCGCGUGCGUUGUGACGAGAACUACUACAGCGCCGCGUGCAACAAGUUCUGCCGGCCGCGCCACGACUUCUUCGGCCACUACACCUGCGACCAGUACGGCAACAAGGCCUGCAUGGACGGCUGGAUGGGGAAAGAGUGCAGAGAGGCCGUGUGCAAGCAAGGGUGCAACCUGCUCCACGGGGGCUGUGCCGUGCCCGGCGAGUGCAGGUGCAGUUACGGCUGGCAGGGGCGGUUCUGUGACGAGUGUGUCCCGUACCCCGGCUGUGUGCACGGCAGCUGCGUGGACCCCUGGCAGUGCAACUGUGAGACCAACUGGGGCGGCCUGCUCUGUAACAAAGACCUCAACUACUGUGGCAGCCACCACCCUUGUGUCAACGGGGGCACGUGCAUCAACGCCGAGCCCGACCAGUACCACUGCGCCUGCCCCGAUGGCUACUCGGGCAAGAACUGCGAGCGGGCUGAGCACGCCUGCGUCUCCAACCCGUGUGCUAACGGGGGCUCCUGUCACGAGGCUCCCUCCGGGUUCGAGUGCCGCUGCCCGUCAGGCUGGAGCGGGCCCACCUGUGCGCUCGACGUCGACGAGUGCGCCUCUAACCCCUGUGCGGCGGGAGGCACCUGCGUGGACCAGGUGGACGGCUUCGAGUGCGUCUGCCCCGAGCAGUGGGUGGGGGCCACCUGCCAGCUGGACGCCAAUGAAUGUGAAGGGAAGCCGUGCCUUAAUGCUUUUUCUUGCAAAAACCUGAUUGGUGGCUAUUACUGUGAUUGCAUUCCGGGCUGGAAGGGCAUCAACUGCCACAUCCACAUCAACGAUAACUGUCGUGGGCAGUGUCAGCAUGGUGGCACCUGCAAGGACCUGACCACCGGCUACCAGUGUGUGUGCCCGCGGGGCUUCGCCGGCCGGCACUGCGAGGUGCGGCUCAACGCGUGUGCCAGCGACCCCUGCCACGGAGGCCUCUGCGAGGACCUGGUGGAUGGCUUCCGCUGCCACUGCCCCAAGGGCAAGUCCGGGCCCCUGUGCGAGGUAGACACGGACUUGUGCGAGCCCAGCCCCUGCCAGAACGGGGCCCGCUGCUACAGCCUGGAGGGCGACUAUUACUGCGCGUGCCCCGACGACAUGGGCGGCAAGAACUGCUCGGUGCCCCGGGAGCCGUGCCCGGGCGGGGCCUGCAGAGUGAUUGACGGCUGCGGGCUGGAGGCGGGGCCCGGGGCGGCCGGCCUGGCCCCCGGCGUGUGCGGCCCGCACGGGCGCUGCGUGAGCCUGCCCGGGGGCAACUUCUCCUGCGCCUGCGACAGCGGCUUCACGGGCGCCUACUGCCAUGAGAACAUCGACGACUGCCUGGGGCAGCCGUGCCGCAACGGGGGCACGUGCAUCGACGAGGUGGACGCCUUCCGCUGCUUCUGCCCCAGCGGCUGGGAGGGCGAGCUCUGCGACACCAAUCCCAACGACUGCCUUCCCGAUCCCUGCCACAGCCGCGGCCGCUGCUACGACCUGGUCAACGACUUCUACUGCGCGUGCGCCGACGGCUGGAAGGGCAAGACCUGCCACUCGCGCGAGUUCCAGUGCGACGCCUACACCUGCAGCAACGGCGGCACCUGCUAUGACAGCGGGGACACCUUCCGCUGCGCCUGCCCCCCGGGCUGGAAGGGCAGCACUUGCAACAUCGCCCAGAACAGCAGCUGCCUGCCCAACCCCUGCGAGAACGGGGGCACGUGCGUGGGCAGCGGGGACUCGUUCUCCUGCAUCUGCCGGGACGGCUGGGAGGGCCGCACCUGCACGCACAACACGAACGACUGCAACCCCCUGCCUUGCUACAACGGCGGCGUCUGCGUCGACGGCAUCAACUGGUUUCGCUGCGAGUGCGCCCCCGGCUUCGCGGGUCCCGACUGCCGCAUCAACAUCGACGAGUGCCAGUCCUCGCCUUGCGCCUACGGGGCCACGUGCGUGGACGAGAUUGACGGCUAUCACUGCAGCUGCCCGCCGGGCAGGGCUGGUCCACGGUGCCAGGAUGUGAUUGGAUUUGGGAGGCCCUGCUGGUCGCAGGGGGUGCCUUUCGCGCACGGGAGCUCCUGGGUGGAGGACUGUAACGGCUGCCGCUGUGUGGACGGCCGCCGGGACUGCAGCAAGGUGUGGUGUGGGCGCAGGCCUUGCCUGCUGGCCAGCCGGCCCGACACCUUGAGUGCCCAGUGCCCGCCGGGGCAGCGGUGCCAAGAGAAGGCCCCAGGCCAGUGCCUGCAGCCGCCGUGUGCAGCCUGGGGGGAGUGUGGCACUGAGGAGCCCCUGCUGCCCGGCACCCUGUGCCUGCCGCACUCCAGCCACCUGGACAACAACUGUGCCCGCCUCACGCUGCACUUCAACCGCGACCAAGUGCCCCAGGGCACGACCGUAGGCGCCAUCUGCUCUGGGAUCCGCGCCCUGCCAGCCACAAGGGCAGUGGCCCGGGACCGCCUGCUCGUGCUGCUCUGUGACCGGCCGUCCUCGGGGGCCAGCACGGUGGAGGUGGCUGUGUCCUUCAGCCCUGCGAGGGACCUGCCGGACAGCAGCCUGGUCCAGAGCGCCGCGCAUGCCAUCGUGGCGGCCAUCACCCAGCGGGGCAACAGCUCGUUGUUCUUGGCGGUCACCGAGGUCAAAGUGGAGACGGUCGUCGUGGGCAGCUCUUCCGUGGGCCUGCUGGUGCCGGUGCUGUGCGGCGUGUUCAGCGUGCUGUGUCUGGCGUGUGUGGCCGUCUGCGUGUGGUGGACCCGCAAGCGCAGGAAAGAGCGGGAGAGGAGCCGGCUGCCGCGGGAGGACAGCGCCAACAACCAGUGGGCCCCCCUCAACCCCAUCCGCAACCCCAUCGAGCGGCGGGGCGGUGGCGGCCCGUGUGGGGGCCACAAAGACGUGCUUUACCCGUGCAAGAACGUCACGCCCCCGCCGCGUAGGGCGGGCGAGGCGCUGCCGGGGCCCGCGGGCCGUGGGGACAGCGGGGAGGAGGACGAGGAGCCCGGCCGCGGCGAGGGAGACUGCCCGGAGGCCGAGAAGUUCCUCUCACACAAAUUCACCAAAGACCCCAGCUGCUCUCCCGCGAGGCCGGCCUCCUGGGCCUCAGGCCCCAAAGUGGACAACCGUGCGGUCAGGGCCGCCAGUGACUCGCGCCGCGCCGGCAAGGAGUAGGGCCGCCCGCAGCGGGGCCGGGGCCCAGGGCCACCCGCAGCCGUAGGAGGCCGAGGCCGUGUGCAUAGUUUCUUUAUUUUGUGUAAAAAAACACCAAAAACCAAAAACAAAUGUUUAUUUUCUACGUUUCUUUAACCUUGUAUAAAUUAUUCAGUGACUGUCCGGCGGAGAACAGUGGAGUAUUCUCGGAUACUUGCUAUUUUUGUAACGUUUCUGUGUGUCGCACGCGCUGUGUGGCAGGAGAGUGCAGAGGGUGUCUGUGUCCCCACCAGGUUGUCUGUUACCAGCGGUGGUGCACUGUUUACAGAAUCUUCCUUAUUAUUCCUCAUUUGGUGUUCUCAGUGGCUCCAGGCCAAAGAGCCAGUGGGACCCUUGGCUGUUGGCGUGGCCCGUGGCGUAGGUGGGACCCGUGGCUGACGGAGUGGCCUGUGGUCGUUGGUGUGGCCGGUGGCGUCGGUGGGACCGGUGGCUGUCCGUGUGGUCCGUGGCGUUUGGUGGGACAACCCAAGGCUACUGGUGUGGCCGGGGGCAUCGGUGGGACCGGUGGUUGACAGUGUGGCCUGUGGUCGUUGGUGUGGCCCGAGGCUCUCGGUGGGACCUGUGCUGUGUGGCACGGCCAGUGGCUGUCGGCGGCUCCUGCGGUGGUCAGUGGGGCUUGAGGUCCUCGCAGGGGCCCACGGCAGACGCCGGCCGGCUCGCUGGCAGCCCCUUCCACGCGCCGUCCUGGCCCGCUUCCGCCUGGGGCCGUAGAGAUCUUUCAACUGUGUUUCCGGAAGUGCCCUUCCCGGCUGCUCUGUUCUCCCCGGCUCGGGGCAGAACCGAAGCUCGCGACAAGUGCCUUCACACAGACCCUCCCCUGGCGGCUGCCAGCGUCCGUGGGCUCCAGGCCGCUGCCCACCUGCCGGCCCCGGCCCCCUCCUCGCGAAAGUGCGUUUUUGUAAAUAUGUACAUAUUAAAUGAAUCACUCUGUA